AUGGCUUUCUGCGUGUCAAAGGUUAGAACCGAGUCCGCUGCCCGUUUAGGAAUAUUGUUCGUGGCACACGAACGCGUACUUACCGGACACGUGUUUCCAAAUGCCAUUCAAAGGGUCCCGCAACGAGAUAACUGGAUAGUGUCGGAUUAUUUGUCAAAUAUUAGGGGGCACACCAACUUGCUGACCGUCAGGCUUGAUCGGACUGUUAUAGUGUUAUACGGCCGCGGCCUGUUCAUACGGCCACAGUGCCCCAGUGUUUGUGUGUUUGUAUUUCGGCUGAAGUGUCCGCCGAGUCAAUGGGACACAGUGUUCUCGCCCAAGUCAAGACGCCAGGUGGCGGGCGCAGGAGGCGAGGAUAAAGGACCCGACGAGCGAGACGAGGGAAAAUUGCACGAGUGCCGUGCAAAAGGUUACGGCAACGGUUCUGUUGACGUUGUUAAAAUAGGACGUCGAUAUUAUUUAAUGGAUCGGACGAGGAAAGCAGAAACAUGUCGGGAUCGAAACCACGUCCGUGGGAUCGCGUUCCCAAUCUGACGUGAUCGGGGCCGACGCGUCGCGACGCUUGUAUUCCCCUUAAGCGGCCGAAAGUGAUGGGGAGGACCGGCCAAAAAGAAGGAUGUGAAUGCAACACGUGCUUCGGAUCGGUGGUGGGGGGAUUCGUGUCCCGGCUGAAAAGCUUUUAAAAGUUCAACGGAACGAAAGGAGACAAAGAAUCCGACCCGAAAGCUCUGCCGAUUCGGCCGCCGGCGGACAGAUGGCACUG